AUGAUUCUGCUAGUUCUCUUGGCAGUAUUUUCCUCCGCUCACUCUGGUGCAGUACCCAGAGACGGUAAUCCAGAACCCGCUACGAACAAGGACGCCUCGAAGUUGUUUGAUAGACCCCAAACGUUUUACCUCCUGUAUCGCUCCGAAAAAAGUGACACGAAACUGGGAGGUGAAUCAAAGUGUUUUCAAAUGAAGUAUUACGAAGCACGCCGAGGGAAGAAAGAGUUCUUGACCAUGCUACUUUUUAGGGAUAACUCGACGGGUCAAAUGGAUGUCUACUCUAUCGUGAUCGUCCUGGAGAAAUCGAACGAAAGUCUCGAAUACUAUGACAGAUUGGUAGCACAAAACCAUAUCGCCACAAGUUACGAAGCUUAUGAUCUGCUUUUUACUGACUAUAAAACCUGUUUCACAUUAAGGAGGAUCAGUGACGACCUGUACCAGGUGUGGAUGAUUGAUAGACAGAACCCUACAGCCAUAAACCCAGGAUGCGAGUCUGCCUACCAAGGCUCUGUCAAUGAAUUUGGUUGCGCUGUACCAAAACCAAAAUAUGAAAUCUUCGAUGCAGACAUAUGCCAGUAG